AUGCCAAGGAAUAAAGUGCUGAUGGUGCCUAUUGCAGUUGCAAAUGAACGUCCCGCUGCGAAGACUAUAAAAGAUUUGCCUGGUGCGGACACUCGCCAACGGAAUGCAGCGCGGAGAUCACGGAUUUUCGACCCAUUCAUCACUGUAUGGUUUACGAGACUGGUAAUGUCUAAGGCAGACCAACUGAUUAUGGAAAGGCGCCUUCGGCCGAUAUACGACGCCAUUGAUGCCGGCAAUGCAAAGAAGGCAGUACAGGAGGCUGAUAAAGUUCUCAAAAAGCAUCCUGUGACCGUCUGCGCUAAGGUUCUCAAAGCAUUGGCAUUGAUUCGUUCCGACAAGCUCGCAGAAGGUUUUGAAAUAAUCAAUUCCCUAGAUGUUCCUGGAGCUCAGUUUGAUGAAGGCACCCUCCAAGCAUUUGUUCAUUGUUUCAAGGAGGCAGGCUGUCCGUAUCGAAUCACAACUUUAUAUGAGCGUGCUGUCGCUGUUUUACCUUCAGAGCAGAAUCUCACACACUUAUUUAUGGCUCAUGUUAGAAACAGAUCCUUCAAAAACCAACAGUUAGUAGCCAUGCGCUUAUUUAAGGAAUUCAACAAUUUUCCCUAUUUCUUCUGGGGUGUUAUGAGUAUCGUGAUGCAGGCUCGCGAAAAUCCUGAAAUGGGUGCGAAAAUGUUAUAUCCUCUUGCGGCUAGAAUGGUCGAGAAUCACGUGGGGAAAUACGGGUACAAAGCAGGCGCAGAAAUCGAGCUGCAUACGAUGGUUUUGGAAGGAAUGAACAGGUUUAUUGAAGCAGAGGAGCUACUGGGUGCGGAAGAGUCCCGUGCUCUUCUUUCGACUCCGCCAAAAUUUUUAAUGGCUCGUAGACUCGCUCUUCUGUUAUCAGCUGGGAAGUAUCAGACUGUUGUUGAGAGAACUGUUGAGGGGCUUAAGUCAGACCCUGAUGAUUGGACAUUGUGGAAAGUUUUGUUCGACUCGUCAUUCGAACUUCUAAGGAAGAACGAAGAGGAAGAACAACGGGAGAAUAGAUGUUGA